AUGGGACUCCUCAGACAGUUUUUUGUUGCUGUGAUUUCAUUGUCAGUGGCAGGUGCCGAGGAAGCAAAAUCCUCAGAAAGUUGUGGUUUUGCAGCCAUAUUCAACUUCGGUGACUCCAACUCAGACACUGGAUGCAUGUCCGCAGCAUUUUACCCUGCAGCUUUGCCUUAUGGCCAGACCUUUUUCCAUGAGGCUGUUGGGAGAGCUUCUGAUGGUCGCCUUAUCAUAGAUUUCAUUGCGAAGCAUCUAGGUUUGCAGUACUUGAGUGCUUACAUGGACUCAGUUGGAUCAAGUUAUGAGGAGGGUGCAAACUUUGCUGCAGCAUCAUCAACUAUUAGAAGGCAAAACAGAACCUUCUUUGAUGGUGGUAGUCCUUUCAGUCUUGAAAUUCAGGUUGCACAGUUUAUCCAAUUUAAGACACGCACCGCCAGGCUCUACAACAAAGGUUUUUCUGGAAAUUCCUUCCCAAGGCCAGAGGACUUUGCCAAGGCCAUCUACACAUUCGAUAUUGGCCAAAAUGACAUUGCUGCUGCUCUUCAGAGAAUGAGCCAGGAAAAUUCUCAAGCAGUGAUCUCAGACAUAGUGGACCAAUUUUCAAACCAGCUUAUAUAUUUAUACAACGAAGGAGCGAGAACAUUCUGGAUCCAUAACACAGGUCCCAUAGGGUGCCUACCAGUGGCCAUGCCUAUACACAAUGCCUACAAUUAUACUCCAGUGGAUGGAUAUCUUGAUCAAAACGGCUGCGUCGUGUAUCAAAACGACAUGGCCAAAGAGUUCAACACAAAGCUCAAUGAUACAGUGGUCAAACUAAGGGCACUGUACCUGGAUGCUUCAUUUGUGUAUGUGGAUAUUUUCUCUGCUAAGUAUGAGCUAAUCAGCAAUGCUAAGAAAGAAGGAUUUGUUGAGGCAUCUGAAAUCUGUUGUGGGUAUCAUGAGGGUGGCAAUCACUUUUUCUGUGGAGAUUACAAUGCCACCAUUAAUGGUAGAGAAGUUCAUGUUGGUUCAUGCCAAGAUCCUUCUUCACGCAUUAGCUGGGAUGGUGUUCAUUACACCGACGCUGCAAAUAGCUGGAUCGCAAAUCGCAUUAUCACUGGAUCAUUCUCGGAUCCACCACUUCCUAUUACACGUUCAUGCUUGUUAGCUUAAUACAGAGUACUGCAUGUACCCAGGGCGCACUUAACUUCUUUUUAAUACUUUCUAAAAAUAAGGUAUAGAAAGACUGCAUUUGAA